AAUUCUUAGUACCGGAAAGUGGUACUUAUGGAGUCCAAUUCAACUUUUAGGCACGUUAGAUUGUCAACACUAGAAAGUAGAAACCAGCUAUUCGUCCCAUUAUCGUAAUUAUCACCAAAAUCGAAGGGUAUAUGUUUACACAAAACAUUAUAUAUACUCAACUAUCCCCACAUCAUUUAAAACCCCCUCUUACUUUUCCAACUUCAACAAAUUAAUACACGACGAACAAACAACAUCACAUUUACAAUUUAUUUCCCCCCAAAAAAGGAAUUCUCGUACUCAUAAAAAAACAUGUCGGCGUGCAGCAAAAUCCGCCACAUUGUACGACUGCGCCAGAUGCUCCGGAGGUGGCGCAAGAAGGCAUCAAUGGGGGCGCGCCGCCUACCCUCCGACGUGCCUGCAGGACACGUGGCGGUGACCGUCGGCUCGAGCUGCAAACGUUUCGUUGUCCGAGCGACUCACUUGAACCACCCCGAGUUCAAGAAGCUGCUCGUCCAAGCCGAGGAAGAGUACGGGUUCAACAACACCGGCCCGUUAGCCAUUCCUUGCGACGAGUAUCUUUUCGAGGAAAUUAUCCGGUACUUGACCCGUAUGGAAUCCAGUUCGGCCCGUUUCACGAGCUUCGAGGAUUUCCAGAGAUGCUGCCAUGAGGGUUUCCAGAGCAACAUUAAGUUUUGGGCUGAAUCCAGGCCUCUUUUGGAUACGGGUUUCUGA